AUGACAAGCAAUAUGGCGGAUGAGAAUGCCAAAAGUAAUGGAGAUAUUUCGUCUCAAAAACCUACUUGUACUUUCUUUAAGAAGGCAAAUAGGAAUCGAAAUGUGCGCAAAAGGAAAGCUGAAAAGUCAGACAGUGAAGAUGAAGAUGUUACAACGGUGAUUAGAAAGGAGAAAAAGCCGCUCUCUAACCCAAUGUUUCAGAAGACUGAUGGAUUUGAUUCGAAGUCCAGACGUGAACGUGAAGAGAUAGACGAUGACCUUGACGUUACGUUUAAAUCAACGCGUUCUGCGAUGCGAACUGGACCAGAGGAUCUCGGAGCCACAGCAACUGUGGAGAUUGAUACCGAAUUUGAUCGAGACGCACAAGCUUUGUUUGAGAAGAGUUUGAAAACAAAUCAAGAACUUAAAGGCCAGGAGAAAGAUGACAAACAGUACAGAGGAUUGAACAACUACAUGACAUUCUACGAAAAGAAGGGGAAUGCACAAGGAAAUGCUGCUAGUGGAAUGGUCAGGUAAAGUGUAUACAGGGAUGAACCGUAAACAGUUAGCAAGAGAUCCAAUCUUUAGAGGGAGUUUGUGUAAAUUUAGUAUCUCACAGUCAGGGUUGUCAAUAGGAAAUGUUAAAAAUGUGUUAUCAGAAUUGUGUAGGUAGAAUUAUAUUAUGCUUGUAUAGCAAGCAUGGCAUGUGACAAAGCAGCUCUCCCUUCUGGGGGGAUCCAGGAGGGGUGCUCCCCCCUGAAGAAUUUGAUGUUUAAAACUCUCUGAGAUAUUAUUCUCACCAUUCUGGGAAGUAUUUCAGUAAAUUUUUUUUAUAGCCAAAGCGUGAUGUCAGAAUCAGAAAAAAAUAUUUAUUUUCUGUCUUUGAUUGCAAUUCACAAACUAGUCAGUAAAUUCAAUAGAUAAAAGUUUUUUCUUUGGGUUUGAAAAGUUCUUUUACCAACUAUGCUGAAAAUAAGAGAGACUGCUGAUUGAUUGAUUUUAUGGAUGAAUGAUUUUGAUGGGCCUGUCAUUUGGUUUCUCAUAAUUGUUUUUUUUUAUUGUCUGUUUACUUUUCAAAGACAUCUUUAAUUUUGAAACAUAACUAGAGGAAUUCAUAUCUUUUGAACACUUUUUUCUUUCAGACAAGGGCCUAUCAGGGCGCCAGCAAAUUUGCGUGCAACAAUUCGUUGGGAUUAUCAGCCAGAUAUAUGCAAAGAUUACAAGGAAACUGGUUUCUGUGGAUUUGGAGACAGCUGCAAAUUUUUGCAUGAUCGCAGUGACUACAAACAUGGCUGGCAACUUGAACGAGAAUGGAAAGAAGGAAAUUACAGCAAACAAGAUCCACAUCAGUACGAAAUUGCAAGUGAUGAUGAUGAUGAUCUUCCAUUUGCCUGUUUUAUUUGUAGAGAAUCAUUCACAAGUCCAGUUGUUACCAAGUGUCAACACUACUUUUGUGAAGCAUGUGCUCUUAAACAUUAUAAGAAAAGCAAAAGGUGUUAUGUUUGUGGUACACAGACUAAUGGUGUGUUCAAUCCUGCAAAAGAGCUUAUAAAGAAAUUAAAAACCAUGAGAGAUGAUGAAAAGGAAAAAGAACAAGAGGGUGAUGAUGAUUAGGAAGGAGAAGGAGGAAGGCAAUUGUUUGGGCUUGUUCUCAAAAUCAGUUAUUUGAUGUUUCUUCUAUAGGAAACAAAGCCUCUUUGAUUUACCCCCCUUAAAUCUGAAGAGCUGUUGACACACUUGGGGAUUUUGCUCACCAAUCAUGGCAAAUAUGAGGGCUGGCAAAAAUAGCCAACCUCAUGCCAGAUGUCAGCAAUUUCAUACGCCAAUUGCAAGAGGUCAACAAAAAGUGCAAUUACUGCACCUGACACACCUGGUGAUUUUUUCGCCAAUCAGCGCAUAAAAUUACCGAGUGUGAUGCCAGCUUUAGAGUGACUAACAUAUUAUUUCUCAUUAUAGUAUUACUGUUAAAUCAAAUAUCAAGGCAUUAAAGAUAAAAGAAAUGAUCACCCACCAAAGAACCUCUUGAUUGUGAAAUAAAUUCUCCUGGUCAGUGCCACAAGUAAUAUUUGUUAUCUCUGUAGCUAUAGAUCUUCUCUCUACCACUGGAUGACUGUAUUAUAAUGUAUUAUAUUUUCACCCUUAAGCUUCCAGGAGUGAUUAACUUGUUACUUCUCCCUAUAAUAUUAAUUUGUUAUCCAGCAAACAGGUGAUGAGAAUACUCAAACUCAUCAGAUAGAAGUUGUUAUUUUGAUUUAACGCUAAGUUCUUGUUACUAAUUUACAAGGAAAUUUAUACAGCUAUCUAGGAAGUCAAAGGGUGAAUGUUACUUUGAGAUCAUUAAUAAAUGUUUGAUCAGAGGAUGAUAGCAAAUGACAAAAUUUUCCUCACAUAGAAACUUUUUAAGAAAUUGUCUCAAUUCAGCAAGUUAUUUGGGAGCUCAAUGAUUGAUAGCUUUAGUGUGAGUUUGUUUUAACCCUUUGACUCCCAGAUCAAAUUUGUAAUUCUCCUUACUGUCAACCAUACAAUUCUUUUAAUGUUAGUUCAGAGAAUUUAAUAUUGGAUCAGCUAUUUAUCUGCAAAUUGAUCUUUUUCUUUAUUCUCGUCACUUUUCUGGUUGAUAUUGUAAGGAGAAAUUCUGUCUUGGUCACUCAUGGAAGUCAAAGGGUUAAUGUAUCGGUAACAUUUGGCUAAUAACAAACUAUACUUGGGUAUACCAGCACAUUGCAAGUCAAUAUAUAACUCACAAUUGUUGAUAAAGAUGUGAGGCACACUUUUGUGGCAGGUCUUGAAUCAAUUCUGCUAAAUGCUAAACCACUAUACAUACACUUCUGCCACUCCCCAUUUCCCCUCUCUCCUCACCAUUUUACUUCCCUUGCUGAAUGGAAAUAUAGUUGGUACACAUAGACUGUCCUAUCUGUAAAAGUAGCUUUGCAAUUGGCUUGAGGGAAACAUAUGUUAUUAAGAUGUUUCACUGUUCAGCCUUGCUCUGAUGAGGGGCUAAAGCCUAAGACUUAAGCUUUGGAAACCUUUUACCAUGGCCAAGUUACAUUACAAACUCAUUUUCAACAUCAGUGACACUUGGCUGCACCUCAUAUCAUGUUC